AUGUCGUCGUCUUCUUCUUCACUUGAUACAUUACCAGUAGAACUUAUUUAUUAUAUAUUUAAAUAUCUUGAUAUAUCAACAAUAUUAUUAUCAUUUCGUUAUGUAUGUAAACGUUUUCAAAUUAUUGUUAAUUCAUAUGAUUAUUAUAAACUUGAUAUGAGAUUAAUAUCAAAAAUAAAUUUCGAUCAUAUUUGUUCUCGUCUAUGUCCAGAAAAAAUUCGUUCAUUAAUACUUACGAAUAGUCUUAGUACACCAUAUCAAAUUCGUACAUUUUUAUCGCGAUUUUCAUUUGAUCAAUUUUCUUAUCUUCGAUCAUUAGAUUUAAUUAAAAUUGAAGAAAAUAAUUUAUUGGAAAUAUUAACAAAUAUAUCUUUACAUUCACUUAAAUCAUUAUCAAUUCAUUGUUCAGCAUGGGAAACAUAUAAUUAUACAAUACGUGUGCUUCUAUCAUCAAUUAUAGUUAAAUCAAAACUUGAAAAACUUCAUUUAAAUAUAUCUUAUAGAGAUUUAGAUAUGAUUUCAUGGCCACCAUUACCAACGACAUUAAAAUAUCUUUGUCUUGAGCAUUGUACAUUUCAAGAAUAUUGUAUGAUACUUCGUCAUACAACGAAUUUACAUAAACUUACAUUAACAAAAUGUCUGAUGCAUAAUAUUGAUGGAAGUAUUUAUCAAUCAUCCGAUGAAAUCUAUCCAUCAAAACUAACAUCGCUAACGCUUGGUGCCUGUUUUAUGCAUAUGAAAGAAUUGGAAAUAUUUCUUUCAUGUACACCGAAACUUAGCCAUAUUAAAUUAAUUAUUUGGACUGAAUCUGAUGAUUCAGUUAUGGAUGGGAAGAAAUGGGAAGAUUUUAUUUCAAAAAAAUUACCAUUAUUAACUAAAUUUGAAUUCUUUUUCGACAAUUCAAUACAUAUUAAUCGUAAUUCUCUAAAUAUUCAAUCCUAUAUUCAAUCAUUUCAAACACCAUUUUGGCUUGAAAAACAUCAUUGGUAUGUUACUUGCGAUUAUAUAACAAUAUCAUCAAUAAUUCGAUUAUAUUCAUUACCUAUAUGUCAUUCAUCAUUUAUAUAUUAUACAAAUUCAAACAAGAUUUCAUAUUCAACAUUAACACCAACAAUUAAUUCUAAUGAAUUAAUACAUCAAGUAUAUGAAAUGACUUUAAAUUUAAAUGAAACAAUUGAAACUAAUGAUGAAAUACAAAAUAAACAAUUCGAAUAUCCAAUGUUUCGUAAAGUUACAUGUCUUUCGUUAAAUGUUGAUGGAAGAUAUCCAUAUACUUCUUCACGUUUUCUUCGAGCAAUUAUUGAUUUAUCGUCUAUUGUUCGUCUUACUAUACAUCUUCUUACUUGUGAUUUUUCACAAAAUUCAACUUUACGUGAUUAUAUAUCGGCAAUACUUAAGGAUACAUCAAAUAUUCAUACACUUCAAAUAACUUAUAUGCAUACUGAACAAUCAUUUUCGAGUACUCAACAUUUAUGUUCACUUAUUCCACAAUCAGUUGAACAUUUAAAAAUAUCAAUAAAAAAUCUCGAAGAAAUUAAAACUAUUCUUAAACAACUUCAUCAAUUAUUAAGUGUUACAUUUUAUUCAGUUAAUAUCUCAAAUUUUUAUGAAGAUAUAGAAAAAUGGAUUAAUCUCAAAAGACAAAAUUCUAUAUGUCGACAUGGUCUAUGCUCUAUACAAAUAUGGCUUGGACAAUUGAUCCAUCACAAUAAUAAGAAAUCAUUAACAACAUAA